GAAUGCAGGGUCCUGGGUUUAGUAACCCUUUAAAGAAUAGAAGCUCCUGAAAGAGGUUGUUUAUCGCAUAAAGUGUUGUGGGAGACCAUAUAUAGUGAAUGCAGGGUCCUGGGAGAUCAGAUAUAGUGAAUGCGGGGUCCUGGGAGACCAGAUAUAGUGAAUGCGGGGUCCUGGGAGGCCGGACAGGGCGAAUGCGGGGUCCGGGGGGCCGGACAGGGCGAAUGCGGGGUCCGGGAGAGGCCGGACAGGGCGAAUGCGGGGUCCGGGGAGGCCGGACAGGGCGAAUGCGGGCUCCGGGGAGGCCGGACAGGGCGAAAUGCGGGGUCCGGGGAGGCCGGACAGGGGCGGCUGCGGGGUCCCGGGAGGCCGGACAGGGGCGGCUGCGGGGUCCCGAGCGGCCGGACAGGGGAGGAUGCGGGGUCCGG